AUGGGAGAUGUAGAACUGGAAGGAGUGGACUUGCAGACUUGGGGAAAAUGGAUGCUUGAAGCCAUAAAAAAAAUACGUUCUCAAAAACAAAGACCGUCGGCGGAACGUAUAAUUCAUGCCAUAAGACAGCAUCACAAUUUCCACGAAGAUGUUAUAGCAGAAGCUUUAGACCAGUCUGUCAAACAGGGAAUCGUUUUAAAAGUUUUCAACAAAGGUCAAAGCACAUACAAAGAUCCCGAAGGAGUUCCAGUCAGGCAGCUUAACCUUGCAAAGUGCUCUGAUUUAUCAAGAAUUGUCGUCAAAGCUGCUAGGGAACUGGGAGAAAGAGAUGGAUCGUCUCUUAAAUCUAUCGAAAGGCACAUUCAGCUUACGUAUGAAGUUGAUGUACCACCAAACAUGGAUUUAAGCUCGGUACUUAGACUUUCAACCAAGCGUGCAAUUGCUCGAGGUCAACUGGUUAAAAGGGGUAAUAAUUUCAAACCUGUCGAAGAAGUUGGAUCAGGAACCAGUAGGAAAAAAAUGGAAGUAUGUAAAGUAGAUCAGAAACCAUCCAAUGCGAACACUUCUUUUACCAAGUCGAGUUCUGCAUUACCCAUUUGUGGAGAAUGCUUAGGUACGUCUGCAAAAAAUCGUCUAGGAAAAGAAGAGCCAUUGAGUUCAUGUUCGAAAUGUGGUACAUCAAUACAUUUAUCUUGUUCUCCUGGAGGUUUUGGCAAUGAGUUCGCAUUGCAGUUGAAAAAGGGAGGACAGUGGGUUUGCGAAGAAUGUAGCACUUGUAAGGGAUGCGGUCGUUCAAACGAUCAAACUUGCCUUUUAUGUUGUAACGAAUGCAAUGCCGCGUAUCAUUGGUCCUGUUUGGAUCCCUUAGCAGAUCGUCGUCCCAAACGACCUUGGCGAUGUCGACAGUGCAUCCAAAAUCAGCUAAAAGCAGAUACCAAAUCGAAAAAAUUGAGGGCAGCUGAAAGCGUGAAAAAUAAGUAUUCAAAAGUGAGAGGAGAAAGUAGAAACCAAAGGUUUUCAGAAAAUUCCAAGUCUUAUCAAGUUUUAAAAAUGUCGAGCCUUGAAAAGUCGAUACGACAGCGAUUGACGAAACAAGCGAGGUUAAAAAGGAGAAGAACGAAAAGUUCAGACUUUGACAGUUCGAGCUGUGGAUAUGGUAAAGAUGAAGAUUCUCUUUGGUUUGACCCUGGUAGGCAAUUAGAGGAAAAAAGUGAUAAAAUAUCAAAAGAAAAGCAAAAGUUUUUCAGGCACAGUGCUUUCAACAAAGGUUCUAAGAAUAAAUUAACGACAGAUUUAACAGAUGAGAACAAAUCGAAAGCGAAAGAGCAGGCUUGGGGGUUUGCGGCUGCUGCUGCUGGCGGCAUAGCAACCGGACCUUUUAGCUUGUCCGUCCGCGACAGUGGAAGCAGUAACGAUACCGCUCAGCCGUGCACUUCAACUAACGAUAGUUACGAAAAAUAUAAAUCUGGGUUUGGCCGGCUCAAGGGUUUAUUCGACGGUCUAAGUCAUUUAUUUGCCGCUCCGAGCCAUGCCAGAAUGCGUCCGGGCACGUUUUCAAAUUACGGUCUCUCUAAGAGAAAACCCAAAAAUCCCGAUGGGAAAACAUUAGAAACCGAUAAAGAAAUGAUAACGAUAGAUAAAAAUCUUUCACCCUCGAUGACGCCCUCACGUUUAUUUAAAACUGCCGUGAGCAGUAAGCAACACGAACAAGAGAGAAGGCGAAUUAUAUCGGGGGACUUGUUCAAUGCCGGGACACGGAUGGAAGAGAUAAAGAUGAAAAAGAGACAUAUUAUCGCAGAAGCUACGGCCACCCAGCAGCAUCACCGCGGAACAAACUCGGGGUCCAAUGACAUAACGGAUGCUGUUUUGCAAAAGGCAAGUUUACCUCCAGGUGUCACACCUAAAGACGUUGAAUUGUUUAAAGAAACGAGAGAAAGAUCGAAUUCUGUGAGGAGUAAUAAUAGUUUUUCUCUUGACAGUGAUAGAUGUCCGGCCGCGAUAGAAUUUGGAAAAUACGUCAUCGAAACUUGGUAUUCGUCUCCCUUUCCACAAGAAUAUGCCAGAUUGCCGAAAUUAUUUCUAUGCGAAUUUUGUUUGAAAUAUACAAAGAGUAAAGGCGUUUUGGAACGACAUCAGGACAAGUGCACGUGGAGGCAUCCUCCGGCCACCGAGAUUUAUCGGUGUAACGAUUUAUCCGUUUUCGAAGUGGAUGGAAACGUCAAUAAAAUUUAUUGCCAAAACCUUUGCCUUCUUGCGAAAUUGUUUUUAGAUCAUAAGACUUUAUAUUACGACGUUGAGCCUUUUUUAUUUUAUGUACUCACGAAAAAUGAUGAAAAGGGUUGUCAUUUAGUGGGAUAUUUUUCUAAAGAAAAACAUUGUGCCCAAAAAUACAACGUGUCGUGUAUUAUGACAAUGCCGCAGUAUCAAAGACAGGGUUACGGACGAUUUUUAAUUCAUUUUAGUUAUUUGCUAUCGAAAGAAGAGGGUCAACCUGGAACGCCUGAAAAACCGUUGUCCGAUUUAGGGCGUGUAUCGUAUCACGCUUAUUGGAAAUCGGUCAUAUUAGAAUAUUUGGCAGCACACAGAGAUGUCGGAAAAGAUAACAUGCAAGUAACAAUAGAUGCUAUAAGUAAAGAGACUGGAAUGUAUGGACAUGAUAUAGCAGCAACUUUGCAAAUGAUGGAUAUGAUAUGUCUGAUAAAAGUUUCGGAGCCUGCAGCCAAUUGUAAUCCUUGGGCUUCGGCAUCGGAAAAAAGUAAACUUGCUCUUUGCGUCGAUUGGAACUUGGUGAAAGAGCAUGCGGAAAAGGCAGCCAAAAGUAAAACGCGAAUACGAAUAGAUCCAGACUGUCUAAGGUGGAAACCUUUAAUGACUCAAAUUCCUAAUCCUUACCAGGACGCGGAAGAAAAUUUACAAUCUAACGAAUCCGCGGAAGAUGUGAUUGGCGAAAAAAAUGGAGAGAGCGAAAAGAAUGAACCGUCUUCUUCUUCGUUUGAAUCACCAUCCGUCAAAACAAGCAAAAAGGGAAAGAAACAAACAUACGAUUCGUCAUUCGAAACCCCUCUCUCCACGGACGAACCGUUAUUCAAAAGGGAGAAAAGAAAAAGGAAAAUAUCAGAAGCACCCGGUGAUGUCACACCGGCAAAACAAGAAAAAUCAAUUAAUUCAUCGAAAAGAAGAAUUUUAAGCGUGUCUUCGAAAAUAAAAGGGUUGGAGGAGGAGAGUAAAAAGACGGAAUUAUUAAAUCCUGAUAAUCUUCAAAAUAGAGUUAUCGAGGAUCAGGAGCAAAUUCUUAAAAGUGUCAAAAAGGCGUCGAAAAAUAGGAGGAUAAAUUAUUCAAGCGAAUCAUCUUCCUUUCAGAAUAAAUUAAAGAGCAACAACAAGGAAGACGAAGAGGUUAACCUUAAAAGAGUUUCUCGUUCUCACUCCAAAGAAUCGAAAAAUCAAGAGGAAAAGGCUGUCGUUGGUAAGAAUUCGGGAACAAAAACAGGGGAAUCCGUCGACUCGACGCCAAAAGUAUUAUCAUCAAGGUCGAAGAAAAAAUUUAGAGGGAAAUCGAAGAAAUCUAAGAAAAAUUGGCAAAAGCAUAAAAAAGAAAUUAAAAUGCCCGAACUCAAACCUGAAAUUCAAUCUACGUUAAAAAGAAGGGACAGCAUUCAUUUGGCGCCAUCUUUAUCUCCCGCUCCGGAGAAAAAUGAUGCUGCUGCUGCUGCCGCCGCCGAAGAUGUCGUUAAAGAAAAGAAAGACGAUGUUCGGAGUAGUAGCAGACUACGAAAGAGUAUAUUGCCGAAUAGCAAAAAAUCCGUCCGGUGUCGUAAAAAACAAAUCAACUACGCAGUGCCUGCAACACAGAAAACUAGCAUGAGUGAAGAUUCAGACGAAAGUAAUUUACCAUUAGCCGUUUCUAUGUUGCAAACUACAGAUAAGCACAAUGACCUUCCCGACCAGAAGGGAAGCGAUUCAAGUCAAAAUGUUGAAGAAAAUGUAAGCUGUGAUAAAAAAGGAAUAGGAAACAAGAAUACUGCGAAUAAUAAAAAUAGUACUAACACGAGUAAAAAUGAAAGUAACAAUAGUAGUAAUAAUAAUAAUAGUAUUAAUAACAACAAUUAUGGUAAUAGUACUGACGGUAGUAACAAUAGUGAUUGCAAUAGUAAUAAUAACAACAACAAUAAUAAUAAUAGUAAUAAUAAUAACAACAACAAUAUUUGUAACAAAGAUCUUAUAAAAGACGAAUUGAAAAUGGAAGAAAUAGCGGAUAAAGAAGUAGAAAAAAUUUUAGAACCUUUACUCGAAAAGGGAUCGAGUGAUAAAGAAGCGGAAGAAACAUCGAGAGGAACCAAUGAAUGUAAAGAAGUUUCAGUUGAGGACGAAGAAAAUUCCAAAUUGCAUAAUAAAGAACAAUCCGAUAGUCGUGUCAGUGAUCAAGUGGCUGUGCUUAGUUCAGAAAAAACCCUGUUUGCGGACUCGAAAGAAAAAGACACGCCGCAUACGCGGAACGAAUUGAUAGAAUGCGAAGAAAAUUUGGAGCAGCAAAAUAAAAGUGGUUAUUCCGAGACGAAAGAAGUGCUAGUAGUAACGGUGAACCGGUGCGUUGAAAAUUCUGAUUUAAAAUUUUUUAAGGCUGAAAAUGAAUCUCAAGACAAACAGUUGAAUAACGUUAAUACCGUGAAAAAUUGUGAAGUUGACCAAGGGAAAACGGUUAGUGUAAACGAUGAGGGUACGGAAUCGAAAGAAACAGAUGUGAAAAAAACCGAAGACGCGAAUCAUCAAGCGGAAGAAUGUCAAAAGUCGGAAAGGUUCGAUAGUAAACGCCAUAAUAAAGAUGAAAGUGAGGUCGAAUCCAAUCGAGAAGAGCAGAAGAAAAUCCAUCGUAACGAGCCAAAGUCCAUUUCUGACUUCGAAUUGGGUGACCAAUGCUUGAAAGACAGUAGCCAACUGUGUAAGGACGACAGAAAUGUCGACAAGAUCGAGGAGAACGAAAAUGCAAAAACGAGUGUCGAAACAAAAGAUGAAAAAUUUGAGAAUGAUAAAAAGGCUAACAACAAAAAUUCUCCUAAUGUUGUCAUCGUGGACGAUCAAGAGCGUGACAAAAAUUUAGGAAAGGCUGAAAAUAGUAACGACAGUUCACAGUGGAGUCAAUGUUCAACGCAAACAAGAGUGGAGGACGAAAAACCUAAAAGCUGCGAGGUAGUGGAAGUUUCGACGACUCCCCCUUGUAUAAAAAGAACACCGCCUACGCCAUCACAACCCGACAUACCUAGCAUGGGCGUCUACACUCCCGAUUCGACCACGAAUUCCGUUCAUUCGCUGCACGGGUACGGUCAAUGCGAUUUAGAUGUCAGUCAGUUGGGUCUGGAAAGUCCGACGUCGAUUUCUUCGAACGAUUUGAACCCGGAAUCCGUGAGACCUCCUUCCGUUGUUUCCCAUCCCGCUCCUCACCAUCAAACGUUUGAAUGCUCUCAACAAGUGGUUGGACACCAACAUUUAUCGGUUCCGGCAUCUUCUCCGCAACAUCAACAUGCCAUACAAAUGGCACAAUACAUGCAAGCUCAUUUACAUCAUCAAACGAAGCCCACGAAACACAGGGGACGAUCCUCUCAACAGCAACCCAAACAACAACCGUCUGCGCAACACAGAGGAAAUUCUCCUCAUCAAAGGAGGCCGCCCUCGCCUUUGCUACAGCCGCCCCAACAGCAAAAUAGAACUUCUUCUCCUGCAUCAGGCCAUCAACAACAGCAAAUGACCAAUGAGCAGCAACUUCAGCUGCAUAAUCAAAUGAUGCAACAAGCGGGAUAUUCCCAUCAUCACGCACCCAUACAGCAUCAUCAUACGCCUCACAACAUUAUUUCUCAAGCUAACUACAUGGGAAUGUCCCAGGCUAGUAGUUACGUCAGCGUUCCCAUGACUACGGUCAUUCAACAUCACAUGGCUCAACAAUCGGCAGCACUAGGUCAUCAACGUUGUACCGUUUCCACUCCCACUAACUUUUACAUUCAAACGCACAACCCCACACCGGCUUCAUCUUCCACUCAGACUCCGUCGUGCAGCUUGGCCAAAUUGCAACAACUCACCAACGGUUUGGAAAUGAUACCUCCGUCUUGCAGCAACGUUACGCCUCCACCCGCUUGCAGCACGGUGACUCCUCCGCCACUUCAACCUCAUCACGUGCACGGUACAAUGACUCCUCCUCCACCGACGAGGCAAUUGGAAAUACAGCAACAGAGUGCUCGAUCUCUCGCCACACCUCCCGCAUCGAGUCAAGUCACGGGAACUCCUUCCGUUCAUCAAAUGCAAGCGGCAAGCGCGAGAGUGAGUCCGAACGUGCCCGCUCUCAAUCCCAAUCUCGUGGCUCAAUACGGCGGACUCAACGGGUACAGGGUAGCUGCUCAGCAAGGGUCUCCGGUCACCGGGUACAUAGCAAAUUCGGCCGGAUUCAUGAAUCAACCUCCUCAAAUGCCCGUCCAAAUGGGAGUCAUGAACAUGCAAAGUCAAUACCAGGAUCAAGCUUUGCAAAGAGCACAACAGAGUCCCAUGUACACGACGUACGGGUACAUCAACAGUAGUUUAAUGCAACCGUUGAACGGUUCAAUGAGGAGGUAG